GAACUAGCGGGGACGUAACGCUACAUCACUGAUAGGAGUUCCUGGUUGGGUGUUUACACAGCUACGUGUUGGUCAAGCUUCGUGUCUUUCGUGCGUAAAGUAAACAACACCCGAGCUCAACAUUAGUUUUGUAAGGCGUCAAGGUUUUAUUUGUACUUUGGGGCUCAAGUGAGUAGCCUGGGCGAGCUACCUUGUUAGCUUUCUGUUGAGCAAUGCUGCAACUGAACGACUCCGUCGAGCCAGAGAGCCCCGGAGCUGCUGUGCUCCAUACGGUGGAAAGUGAGGACGGGGUGGAGGUGGCCUUCACGCCGCCGGGGGCCGGAGGAAGAGAGGGGUAUGGUGCAUCGGUAGCAUGUUGUUCUCCUCUGCAAACACUGACGCCGUUUCAUGUUCACAACCCAACAAUGCAAGCGAAAGUGAAAGAUUAUUUCGUCUUUAGACCAGGGACAAUAGAACAAGCAGUGAACGACAUUAGAACGGUGGCCCUGCCCUCCGAAGACGGAGAGGUGCUCAGCGUGUGGCUACUGGCGGAAGUUGACCAUUGGAACAAUGAGAAGGAGCGGUUGGUGCUCAUCACUGACAGGUCUCUGCUGGUGUGUAAGUAUGAUUUCAUCAACCUGCAGUGCCAGCAGGUGGUCAGAAUCUCCCUCAACGCUGUGGACACCAUCUCCAUCGGAGAGUUUGAGUUCCCUCCCAAAUCCCUCAACAAGAGGGAAGGCUGUGGGAUUCGGGUGCAGUGGGACAAGCGGCCCCGGCCCUCGUUCGUGAACCGCUGGAACCCGUGGAGCACGGACAUGCCCUACUGCACGUUCACCGAGCACCCCAUGGCCCACGCAGAUGAGAAAGUGGGCUCGCUCUGUCAGCUGGAGAGCUUCAAGGCUCAGUUCAUCCAGGCGGUGAAGAGAGCCCACAAGGAGCACCCUCUCCCCGGGCGGGCCAAUGGCGUGCUGAUCCUGGAGAGGCCCCUCCUCAUCGAGACCUACCUGGGAAUCAUGUCCUUCAUCAACAACGAGGCCAAGCUGGGCUACUCCAUGACCAGGGGCAAAAUCGGCUUCUAGAGCCAUUCCCUUUACCUCCCCACCCCCACGCCCCCCGGCCGGCGCUCUGCCUUCAUCGCCCCCCCCCCCCCCCCCUCCGUUAAUUGGACAUUGUGCGCUAAACACAUCCCCGUGUUGUAUUGUUGGUGGAGUCUCGCCCCAGCCCUGCACUGUGGCUUUGUGAUACCCCACAGCAUGAGCCAGACACCCACACUCACGCUGCAGAAGUGCCCGUCCACUCAGCCCUUGGCACCUACUGUACAAAGUGCUUUUAUUCUACAAGUUCCUUCUGUUCCACAAUACUCCGCGCUUUGGAAAUAGUGCCGUUGCGAGAGCGUGUGCAUGGUCAGAGCGCCCUGCUGCUGAUGUACUGCACUGUACAUGCCCAACCAUUCUCAGCAUCACCCAGCACAGUUUCCCCCAGAUUACCUGUCCCUGUUCAUACAGUCUCACUCCUCUCGUGCACAUUCAGCCGUGAAAGAAACAAAAUGGUGCCCUGACGCCCAGGGGGCCUUCUGCUGGCAGCCUACACAAUGAGUCGACUGCUGCGAGCUCCCAGGUGGGGGAAUAUGAAGGGGAGGGUGGUCAUGAUUUCCUUUGAAUCAUGCACUCCCCUUGCCCCCGACUGCAGUGACUGGAGUUGACCAAUUACGGAACAGAAUUACAGUAGUUGGCAUGAUGCUAAAAGAUGGCCCCCGUUUUUUUUUUUAUCGUUAUUACUACUGAGGGUGAGUCAGAGCUGAAAAAAGGCUGGUCAGCUGCAGACUAGGAUAGUACAGAGGUUUUUGCUCAUAUUUUGAUGUCGAGUGGGCAGUAAGAACGGAAGACUUAAGAUUGAGAAUUGUUCUUUGUGUAUGACAGUCCGGGCCCUUUAUUAGUGUUAUUUGUUGUCACAGUUUAGUAAAGAUAUUGGCCUCCAGUCAGAAUAGUUUUCAGGUAUGUUAUUAAAAGUGCACGGACCCUAGACCUCUUGGGAUGAGACGUCUUCAGCCGUGCCGUUUCAGACAGGGUAAUACGUUUCAUUCUAGUGAUGUGUAGUUGGACUGAUCCAGUUCUGUCCAAACCUAAAAUUAAAACCGUUGCUAACUCGACACACAUCGUAACACAUCAUAAAUACAGAUGGAUUCUGAUUUUGCAGUCUUCACUGGCACAAAGUCUGCCAUGCAGAUUGGAGGGGCUCCAAACAAUCCUUGCCGAUGCAAAAAUAGAAAACCUCUGAAAGUCCUGUUCACCUUGAGGUGGAACAUUGGUGCGAUGUUAUAGAGGUUGAAGGAUUGGCUGGGAAUUGAAUAGGGAAUAUUGGAAUGGUAAUGGAAUUUUUAUUUUCUGAGAUUAGGUUCUGAACAAAAUCGAAACAACCCAAAUGUUUCUUUUCUCCAUCUUAAUGUGGUUUAUAACACUUAGGAUGCCAGGUCAGUUUGUGAAACUUUUGAUAAGAUACCAAAUCAUUCCAAUAAAACGCACAAAUAUGGUUUAAAACUUAGUGGCUGCCAUUAAGUUGAACCAAACGAAAAGGGUUCAAGGAGCACUGUGCCUGGUUAUGACUUCUUGUUGAAAGAUUAAUACACUUUAUAGCGCAAUUCCCACACUUUUACAGUAGAUCUAUGCACUGGUGGUGUGCUACCAAAGUCGAGAUGAUAAUGACGUCGUGGUUUUGAAGUGCCCCCGUGAUUGUGAACUUUUUUUCUUUUUUUCUUCCCAUAAAAACUCCAUGCAGUUUUGGAACAUCACGUGCAUGCUUGUUGCAUGAGGAGUUUGCAUGUCUGAUAUGUGGAGUUUUUAUUUAACACAUACUAGAAAAAAAGAGAUUUGCACUGAAAAUAGCAAUCUUAAAAUGAUUUUACGUCUAUAAAUAUAUAUAUAAAAUAAUUUAUUAUAUUGCUUGCUUAUUGAAGUAAGCACAGCUUUGUCUUUUUUCCUGUGGAUAUUAGAAAUGGAAACUUAUUAGGCUUGUGCUAAUGUCCAAACACUCCCGUAAAGCGAGCUGUCUUCUCAGUUAUGUGAGGGUGGAGGAUCAUUUCGUACUAAACUGUAAGGGCCAGUUAAAAUUUUGUCGAGUAUGUAGCUGGGAAUUUGAGUAUAAAAUCGGAUUUGAAUCGAUUUUGUUUAUACCCAAGUAGCUCCGGGAGCUGCAGUUUUGCUUAGUUGCACAGAAUUGCUCAAACAUUUUCUAUUCACGCUAGUUAUACAUAGCAAUUAUUUGUUAGAAAUUUGACAUGUCUAAAAUGGUAAAAAGUUUACUUUCGCUCAUAACUUUUCACAGCAUGUUUUUCAUUAGUUUCUGCAGCUGUUUUACUUGCUAUAUUUAGUAGCGCUACUGAUUGGUGUUUGGCAGGAGAUGGGAACAGGUGGAGAAGGAAUUAAACGGAAGGGAAUGAGCUGGAUUGAUGUCAUUGCCAAAUUGUGUUUUACUAGCAUCAUUAAUGGUCAAAUAAUUUCAUUGAUUUACGUGUCAAAUCCUUUUUAUAAAGAAUUCAGUGGAAUACACAUCAAGUGCAAUUUACAAGGAAAUCCAGUGCUAGGGGCAGUAGACUGAACUCUCAGUUGACCGUACCAGUCAUGUAAUCCACUUGUACUGUGAUGUACAGGAAAUUCAGUAUUGAAUCUUAAGAUGUGGAGAUGGAAACAUUUGAACUGAAAGAACCUCAAAAUUAUUAAAUGCAGAUUUAAACCAACAA